AUGGAUUUAGACUAUGCAUUAAGAGAGCCUGCUCCUACAAAGCCUAAUGUUACAAGUUCUAAGGAACACAUGGCUUUAUAUGAAAAAUGGGAACGCUCUAAUCGCUUAAGUCUAAUGAUAAUGAAAGGCUCAAUUACGCUUGCAAUUCAAGGAGCAAUCCCUGUUUCUGAAAGUGCAGUGAGCUAUAUGAAAUCUAUUGAAGAACAAUUCAUUGGAACUUCCAAAUCCCUUGCUAGUACUCUCAUGAUUAAAAUGAUGACAAUGAAAUAUGAUGGUUUGAGUGGUGUUCGUGAACAUAUCUUAAAGAUGAAUGACAUGGCCUCUCAAUUAAAGGGAAUGGACAUGGAAAUUUCUGAAGGUUUUCUUAGUCAUAAGCAGACUCUGACAGCUUCUUCCACUAUGGAGGCAGAGUUCAUAGCAUGUUAUGAAGCCACAUGUCAUGCAGUAUGGCUAAAGAAUUUUAUAUCUGGAUUACAACUUGUCGAUUCAAUUUCGAAGCCCUUACAGAUUUACUGUGAUAAUGAUGCUGCUGUGCGGUUCUCCAAUAAUAACAAAACUUCAGGAGGAUCAAAGCAUAUUCAUAUCAAGUAUCUAGUUGUUAAAGAAAGGGUUCUGAAUCAGACUGUUUUCAUAUCUCAUAUUGGUACUACACUCAUGUUAGUAGAUCUUUUAACUAAAGGUCUCACGCCUAAGCUCUUUCAAGAACAUGUUGCGCGCAUGGGUUUAGUAGAAAGUUUAUCAUGUUUAGAUUUGAAAUGA